CUUCUUUCAUCACUGUUCACAACUAAAAAGUACUCACCUGCUCCUUAUUAGGCAGGACGCACUGGUGAGAAACCCACGCGAACCGGGCUAGUUUGAGUUUGUCCUCCCAAGAAGUCUUGUUGCUUUUCAGCUUCAGGUCAUGAAACGCGUACGCACAGAACAGAUUCAGAUGGCGGUGUCCUGCUACCUCAAGCGCCGUCAGUAUGUGGACUCGGAAGGUCCCCUAAAACAAGGGCUGAGGCUGUGUCAGUCUGCUGAAGAGAUGGCAGCUAAUCUCACAGUCCAAUCUGAGUCUGGUUGUGCCAAUGUCGUGUCUGCAGCUCCCUGCCUGGCGGAGCCACAGCAAUAUGAAGUACAGUUUGGACGAUUACGCAAUUUUCUGACAGAUUCAGAUUCUCAGCACAGCCAUGAAGUGAUGCCUCUUCUAUAUCCCCUCUUUGUCUACCUCCAUCUGAACAUGGUCCAGAAUGGCCUAAAAAGCACAGUGGACAGUUUUUACAGCCGCUUCCAUGGCAUGUUUUUGCAGAAUGCCAGCCAGAAGGAUAUCAUUGAACAGUUGCAGACUACCAUGACUAUUCAAGAUAUCCUGUCCAACUUGAAGCUCCGGGCUUUUCUGGACAACAAAUAUGUCAUCCGCCUUCAAGAGGACAGCUACAACUACCUUCUUCGCUACCUCCAAAGUGACAACAACAACGCCCUGUGCAAAGUCCUGACCUUGCACAUUCACCUGGAUGUGCAGCCUGCCAAGAGGACUGACUACCAGCUCUAUGCCGGUGGGAGCUCCUCACGUAACGAGAGCAACGGCCUGGAACCCAGCGAUGUGCCAGCUUCUAUUCUGCAGAAUGAGGCGGCGCUGGAUUUACUGCAGGACAGCAUUAAACGUGUCAAGGACGGGCCCCCUUCCUUAACCACCAUCUGUUUCUAUGCCUUCUAUAACACGGAGCAGUUGCUGAACACUGCAGAAAUUUCACCAAAUAGCAAGCUGCUUGCUGCUGGGUUCGAUAAUUCAUGUGUGAAGCUGUGGAGCCUCCGCUCCAGGAAGUUGAAAUCUGAGCCCCACCUUGUUGAUGUGUCCCGCAUCCGUUUGGCUUGUGACAUUCUGGAUGAGGAGGAGGAAGAGGAUGACAACGCAGGCACAGAAAUGAAGAUCCUGAGAGGACACUGUGGACCUGUGUAUAGCACGAGGUUCCUUUCAGACAGUUCAGGACUCUUAUCUUGUUCUGAGGACAUGUCCAUCAGGUACUGGGACCUCGGAAGUUUUACAAACACUGUGUUGUACCAAGGACAUGCCUAUCCUGUCUGGGAUUUGGAUAUUAGCCCCUGCAGCCUGUACUUUGCCAGCGCUUCCCACGAUCGCACUGCGAGGCUCUGGUCGUUUGAUCGGACGUACCCGCUGCGAAUAUACGCAGGCCAUUUGGCGGACGUGGACUGCAUCAAGUUCCACCCCAAUUCCAACUACUUAGCGACGGGCUCCACGGACAAAACCGUGCGCCUGUGGAGCACUCAGCAGGGCAACUCAGUGCGGCUCUUCACCGGGCACCGGGGCCCCGUGCUGGCGCUCGCCUUUUCCCCCAACGGUAAGUACCUGGCAUCGGCAGGUGAAGACCAGCGGCUGAAGCUGUGGGACUUGGCAUCGGGAACUCUUUACAAAGAACUGAGAGGGCACACAGACAACAUAACCAGCCUUACUUUUAGCCCUGACAGUAGUUUAAUUGCUUCAGCGUCGAUGGACAAUUCGGUUCGGGUCUGGGACAUUCGGAACACUUACUGCAACGCCCCUGCGGAUGGGUCUUCCAGUGAACUGGUUGGUGUAUAUACCGGACAGAUGAAUAAUGUACUGAGCGUACAGUUUAUGGCCUGUAAUCUUCUUCUAGUGACUGGAAUUGCACAAGAAAAUCAGGAACAUUAAUUCUGCUUUUUGUCUUAGGGAAGCGGGUGGGUGUCUUGAAUGCCAGAGUCCAUUGCAAGCUGAGGUUACUGACUGUGAAACACUUUUCUUCCUCUGCCCCCUUGAAAGGCAUGUUCUGGGUAAUGCAAAUGCUUUAAGAUGUCACAAAAAUGCCUGUGCUGUUGAACAGAAUAAGGAAAAAUGGAGGAUUGAUGAAAAUACAUAUACAUUCUAAUUUUGUACUUGUAGGAAUGGGAAAAAGGGGAGUAAAUCCAGUAGCUUGGGGAAACUGAAAGCCUGGUCCAGACAAGUGAAACUGCCAACCAGAUAAGCUGGUGACCUGCACUUAAAUAUCCUUCAUUGAUUGAUGGGCAUAUCUUACCUACUGUUAAUUUGGCUUGAGUGUGUGGAGAACUACUGGCCCAGUGGUUUUUGUUUUGUUUUGCUUUUGCUUUCCUGGUAUUGCAGAGGACCAGCAUUUUUAAGACCCUUCUAUUAAAAGAACAUUAUGUAUUUUCUACAGUGAUAGAGAUCCUAAAUAUUUCAGCUCCCUAUAGCACUUCUGGAAUAUUUUGGACUAAAUAAGUAGAAAAUACCCUUGUUCUCUUUGAGUAAGGGCGAGGAAAUCUGACCUCAGUUGGGGCCCAUCUCUGCAUUGUUGUUUGGGUUUGGUUCCUGGUACUAGCUGUGAUUAUGUGUAUUUAUGUUCCAUUAAGUAGGAAAUUUUCUGACUCUGGUUGCACUGUGUUUUGAGGAUGGGAGGACUGUGGGGACAGAGUGGUGGCCUUAAGGAUAAUGAACAACAACUUGCCUUGUCUGGAGGGAAGGCACCAUAGAACGGAAACGGCCAAGUUUGGACUCCUAAUGGGAACAGGGCAUGGCAACCCACCACGGCACCUCACAGAAAGAUUUCCAUAAACGGAAGUUGGCAGUCUAGGGAGAGGGGGAUGAGGAGAAACACACAAAAUGACAUGGGAAGAAGUAGUAUUACUAAAUUACUGUGUGUACACAGAGGCAGCUCUGCCAGUGUUGGAUUUUUCUCAAAUGUUGCAAUACCGGUUUCAUGAACAGUUUGUGAGAUAAAUCAUCAGCAUUUACAAGGAUCUGCAGAAAAAGCACGUUCUAGUUUGUCAUUUGGAGAGAUUAAAUAUUUCUGCUUUCUGGAAAGAGUUA